AUGCUUGAAAAUCCAGUACUCUGUACCAAGCGAAUGUUUAAUAAAAAUUUUUUUUUAUGCUGCUUUUUAAAAAGAAAUAAUAAAUUAAAAUUUUCUUUUUAUUCUACACAGAAAACAUUAAUUUAUAAAUAUAUUUCUGAAAAUGAUUUCUUACAAAAAAAAAAUAAUUCUAUUUAUUCCCUUGUUAAUUAUAACUAUGUUAAUAAUAGAAUUCAUGAAAUAAAUUGUUAUUUGAAAAAUAAUGAAAAUAUUGAUAAAAUAAUUGAAAAUUUAUAUAUUUUAUGUGUAAAAGGAAAUAUAGGCACAUGUGAUGAAAGGAUAAAACACUAUGUAAAUUUUAUAUUAAGUUAUAUAUAUGAAUAUAUAAAUGAAUCAAAAGAUAGUUUAAUUAAUGCCGAUAAAUGUAAUAUCCAAAAAAAAUGUUUCAUGAAUAUUAAUAGUUAUUUGUCAUUCCUAAAUAUUUUAAAAGUGCUAAAUAUAAAAGCUAAGUUUAAUCAUCUAUUGAAAUAUGUAAGUGAAAAUAUUCACUUUUUUUCAAUUGACGUUGUUAGAAAAAUUGCAUUUAAUCAUGACUUAAAUAAAAAUCAUGAUUUUUUUUUUAAAGAAGUCUUAAAUUAUAUUUACACAUUAAUACAAUACAACAAUGAAUUAUAUUUCAAAGAAAUAAAAAAUGUAAAUAUAUGUAUUAAUGUUUGCACCAAUUUUUUUUUUGGUAAAAAGUAUAUUGAGGAAAAAAAUAUGUACGAUUAUGAAAUUAACGAAGACUUAAUUUAUUUAUAUAACAUGAAUUAUAUUUACAUAAAUCAUAUUGUUACAUUUUAUAAUUUUAUAUGCAAUAAAAAUACAUUUUAUGAUUACAGAAAAUGUGAUAAAAAUGAAGAGAAUAUAUCAGAAAAGAAGGAAAAAGAAAAAUCACUAAAAUAUGGAAAUCUGGAAAAAUCAUAUAUUUAUUCUAAUACUCAAAAAAGUUCUAAUGAAAGUUCUGAUUUAAUUCAAAGUGUUGAUACAAAAGAAACUGUUUAUUCGUACAAUGAAACUAAAUUAAAUAAAAAGAUAAAUGAAAAAUAUGAUAUUGAAAAUAACAAUGAUCACGUAAAUUUAAGAGAUAAAAAAACAAAAGAUAAAUUUAUUAGUCUAAUUUCAAGUAGUGAUGAAAAUAUAAAGGAAUAUAAUAUAAUUAACAGUUUAGAAAACUUAGAAAGUUAUAUAAUGAACAUAAAUGAUUUUUAUUUUAAUUAUUAUAUGGUAGAUACAAUUUACACUCUUUAUAAUUAUUACAUGAAUUUAUCAAAAAAAAAGAAGGUAAAUAAAGAACUUUUAUUUUUUUUUAUACCUGAUAUAAAAAAUCAUAUUAAGCAUAUUAUUUUAAAUUUUAUCCUUAUUAUAAAUAAUAAUUCAAAUAAAAGUAAAAUAUUAGGAAAUAAACGAAUUAUUGCUUCUUUAGAAAGAAUAUUAAAAUUAGGUUAUGUAUUUGAAGUACCUUUUAAAUUAGAUCCAUUUGUAAUGCACUAUUGUAAUAUAUUAUUAGUAAACAAAUUAGAUUUAUCAUUAUUAGAUAAUAUCAAAAUACUAAGUAUUUUUAAAGAAAUAAAAAAAAUAAACGAAAAAAAAAACUUAGGAGAUACACAAAAACAACAAAUUCAAAAUAGAAAUAUUAGCUAUAAUCUAACAAAUAAAGUAGAAAAUGAUAUAAUAGAAAAAAAAGAAGACUUAGAAUCUUCUCUCUUUGAUUUAAAUUUAAAAUUGAAUUUUAAUAAUGAUGUUGAUUAUCAUUAUUAUAGCUUAUAUAAUUAUUUUGAUAACAUGAUAAAAUUGGUUUUCUGUAAUUUAAAAAAGAGUUUACAUAACUCAAAAAGUGUGGAUAUAUGUAUGUUAAUUCCUUUAGUUUACGAAUUUCAUAAAUAUAUGGAUGAUGAAUUAAAAAAUAUAUUAACUGUUCAGAUAACAUCUAAUAAAGACGAUAUAAAUGAAAACAACAUUAUAAAUAUAUUACGAGUAUUUACUAAAAUGAAAUAUAAAAAUGAACUACUUGAAAAAUUUAUAUAUAAAAACGUGAAAUUUUUUUCAAAUGAAAAACAUGAAUGGGUAAGGAAGAAAAUAGAUACUUUUUUUUCUUCUCCAAAAUUGUUUUUUUUGUUUUUUUAUUAUAAAAGUAAAAAUAAUUUAUUUACUUUUAAAGAUAUAUAUUACGUAGAAAAUUAUAUAGAAAAUCACUUUUUUGAAAUGAAUAUAAAAGAUUUUAUUAGUAUUUUGUUAAUUUAUUACAAAAAUAAAACAUUUUUAUUACCAGAAUUGUUAAUUAAAAUAGGUGUUAUUUUUAAUAAUGCAAAAAAAACCGUGAGUAAAAACGAAUUAUUGUUUUGCUUAUUUUUACUUUCAAAAAAUUAUUAUUAUUUGUCAAAAGAAAAUUAUGAAAUAGAAAAAGACAUAAAUUUGUACCAAAAAAUUAAUAUAUUUAGAAAAAGUCAAUAUAAUCAACUACAUAUUAAUGAAUAUGUAAAUAUAAUUAAUGAUAUUUUACUUUACAUAUAUGAAGAAAAAAAAAUAAAUUAUCAACCGAAGCAAAUAAGAUACUUUGAAGAAAAAAUAGACAAAAAUUUAUCAGAAAAAGAAAAAGAAAAAGAAAUAGAAAUAGAAAUAGAAAAAGAAAUAGAAAAAGAAAUAGAGAAAGAAAAAGAAAAUAAUAAAGAACAAGAAGUUCAUGAAGGAGCAAAUAUAAUCGAUGAUAGUAGUUCAUUAAAUGCAUCAAUUCACAAUUCUAAAAUAAAUUUUAAUGAAUUGAAAACAAAUUUGAUAAUGAUGAAAAUAUUAUAUAAUUUAUAUUAUUCUUUUUUUUCAGCUCAGAAAAAAAAAAAAAUUCUAAAUAAUCAUCAUGAGAAAUUAUUGUCUCACUUAUUUUCAUGCUUUAAUGAGAAUUAUUCAAAAAAUAUAAAAGAAAUUAAAUACGUUUCACCUUUAUUAUUUUAUUUUAGCUAUUUUAAUAUAUCAUCUUCUUUUUAUUUUGAAAAGCAAAUAUUAUAUAUAUUAACAAAUUAUCCACUUAAUGAUAAAAAAAUUAAAUAUAUAUUGCUAAGUCAUGUAUUUAUUAAGAAAAAAAUUCCAGAUCAAGUAAAAAAAUACAUAAAAGAAUACGUAACAAAAAACUUUGAAUGUUUUAAUAUAAAUCUUCAAGUUUUAUGUUUUAAAUUUUGUAACAAUUUUCUAAAUAUAAGAAACUUAGAAGAUACAAAUCAAAUAAAUGAUAUUUCUUUGUUUAAUCAUUUACUGGAAUAUUUGCUAUUAAAUUUAGAAAAGAUGAAACCACAACAUUACUUAAUUUUAUAUUUUACGAUUUGCAAUAAUUUUGUUAAAAAGAAAAAGUAUUAUAUUCAACUUUUUUAUUAUAUGAAUAAAUUUGCAACUUAUUAUAAUAAUGAACAUUUAUUUCUAAUACUCUUUUAUAUGUACAAAACAGGGUAUAGUAAACCAAAAAUUAGAAAAAAAAUAAGAAAUUUAAUUUUAUUUCGCCACAAAAAAAGAUUAAUUAAUUUAAGUACAUUUAUAAAAUAUAUAUUACCACUUGAUGAAUUUGGUAUAUAUCAUCUCCUCCCAAUCAAAUUUCAGAAUAUUAUAUAUAAUCAAUUAACAGAAGAAGUAAAAUCUUGUAUUAGGAAACCUUUAGAAGAUGAUGUGAUGAAAGAAAUAAAAAAUUCAGAAAUAAAAAAUGAAAAAAAAGACAAUAAAAUAGAAAUAAAUGAAAAACAAGAAAAGGAUGCACCUAUAUAUAUUUUUGAACAAAUGGUUAAAAAUUAUUAA